UCACUGGAACAGAGAGAAAACGAUCGGUGAACGUGGUAAAAUGAGAAUCGUUCUUGUUGUGCUUUCAAUUUUUCUACUCCUUUGGCGUGGUAAGACACCAUUUUCAGUUAUACCGUUUUAUAUAUAGGAUGUAUUUAUACUGUUUUGCUUCUCUUAUCUAUGUUUUGAAUUUAAGUGAAGAAGUCACUCCAUAGAUACCUCAUUAUUAUAGUAUUAAACAAGAAGAGCGCGACAAUUUUCAUUCGCUUCUGUAAAGGGAGGCAAUUAAAGCAAAUCUUAUUCCCAAGGGGCUUCAUUUGCGGAGCCACAUCAUCCGUUAACGCAGGAAUAUUUUCCGUUUGAGCAAACUAACGUAUUUUCAGAUGUCUCUGGUCAGUUUAGCAUUAAUCGAUUCCAUUUACUCGACUGAAUCCGAGUUUCUUGCUCCAUCACUGUUUAUCCAAUUGACUGAUUCCCUUUUUUUCGAUGAUAAUCAGAAGGCCUCCUGUGCCGAAAAUAGUGAACUUGACCAAAAUUAAAGAAAAAGAAAAGAAAGAUAACAAUAAUUAGUUUUUAUAGAUUAUCAUUUGACUGAAAAGCACGAGGACUGAUUAAAAUAAUGAUUGCUAAGUAAUCUUUUGGAGGAAAGAAUAAUUGAAACAAGUAAAUUUUAGCCUCAGAAAGCUUAACCCCAAUGGGGAAAUUCAGUUGACUGUUAUGUUGGUUAGAGAAGUCUAAUAUAAAUCAGGUAGUUUGAGGACCAUCCAAUACUGUUUGGAUGAAAAGUUUACCAGGCGUUCUAAUAUGUCCCUACACCCACCCAUCCCAAGGCCAUGCAGCAAAUGUUGUCAGUCAAGAUCACGCUAAGUCGUUUUCUUGACGAGUUUGAAUUAUAGCUCGUGAGUGAGUAACGGUGUUUCCUUUUACAUGCAUAAAAAACCCUAGAGUGACUGGAUUAGACUUUUUUCUCAAUCACGCAAAAGUAAAAGCAAAGAAUUGGAGCGAACCUGGUUUAAAAACUUGUAUUUUCAUUCGCUUGGGGGACUGGCAUUGGAUAACUCCUGAUAUGCGUGUAAUGGUUUGCUUAGCGGGCUGGUCACACGCCAAGAGCUCUCGAUUGGUUUACUUUGAUGUUUAUUUUGUUUAAUUCUUCGUCGCUUUUGACUGUCAAGAGUAGUAGUCCGAAAAUGAAAAAAUAUACAUAAAAAUAAAAAUAUAAACUUUAAUCACCGUCUAAGUUAAACGGAUUUGAGUGUAUAGUUCGAAGAAAGCAACUUUUGAUGUGGAUAGGACCACUUGACCCCCUUCUUAUUCUUCUCCUUCUUGUUCUUGUUCUUGUUCUUGUUCUUCUUGUUCUUCUUGUUCUUUUUCUUCUUCUUCUUUGAACUUUAUGAUAAAAAGUAGCAAGCGAAUGUCCAUUGCAAAAACGGCUACAAAGAGAACAUUAAAGAAAGGUAACAUAUCAAGUCGAAAGGUAACACGCGACGUCCAAAUUAAAGGGAGUAAAUUAGACAUUACUCUUCCACAAAGUAGAGAAAUUUUAGAGACGUUUGUAUGCAGGUGGGCACCAAAUUACUUGCCGUCAGAUCACCAUAUAAUACAAACUUCUGUAAAAUUCCACGACUUUGCGGAGCUAUAUUUUCGUUAGUUUUUAUCAACUUUCAAACUUGGCCACACUACUGAUUUUAAGGCGUUCAUUCAGGCUGUAUAGACCUUGUUGCGGUUUUCAAUGCCAUCUUGACGAGUAGGCAAACGCGUGAGAAAUUACAGUGUCUGUAUGAGAAUCUAAUGUCAAAUAAUUUCCAUAAAACGGCUAUAGGGAAAAAAUAUAUGAAUUGUAAACUAAAGCUUCAGUCUUAAGGAUCCUAUAAUAAAACAAUUUGAGGGCGUUACAUGCGCUCAACCUCGUCCCCAGGGCUUUUCCCUUAAAAAAUGGUUGGGGAAGACCUAGAAUCACUUUUUAAAAUUUUCUAUACAUUUGUCUGUAAAAAUUUCCCGGGAAAACUUGCAGACAAAUAUAUGGAAAAUCUUAAGCAAGCAUCUGAAGAAAUUUAAGCACAGUAACGGCCCCCAAAAUUUGUUAGAAAAAUCCUUUGCUUUGUAGCUUUAAAGUUUACAAUUCUUUUUUUUUUUUUUUGCAAAACAGCCGCGCGUUUUACGGAAAUUAUUUCACAUUAGAUUCUCAUACAAACACUGUAUUCUUACGCAUUUGCCUACUCGUCAACAUGGCGUCGAAAACCGUGAUCAUGAAAAGGUCUAUUGACAGAUUUUCGUUAUCUGGUCCAGUCAAAGUUGAAAAAACGGUGGCAGGGUCUAUACUUUUAUUUCGACAUCAUGACAUCAGGGAGAAACGUACCAGUCCAUUAUUUUGUUUAGACUAAUUAGCUGUGUAUUAAUUAGAAAAGGAUAUUUGAUUGAAUUGGGUAAGUAACAUCUCUUUAGGUAACAAUAUCAUGUGCAAUUUACUUUUCUCGAUGUUUUAACAGGCGAAUCCCUGACUUGCUAUGAAUGCGAAUCGAAUUCCGGUUGGAAAGACUGCCCGACGGAAACGAGGAAGUUCUGCAAGCCUGGCUGGCUGUGUGUGACGAUGAAAGAAAAGCCUGAAGGAAUGACAAAGUACUACUUCCGAAGAACUUGUAGCGAGGCGGACAUAUGCGCUAAAUUCUGCCUAAAAAAGAAGAACUGCGUUUAUGAAUGUUGUAACAGUGAUCUCUGUAACAAGGGUACUUUGUAAGCAUAGCCAGACAAGGAGCCGAGACGUCAAAAUAAAACAAAAGUUU